AUGGCGGGGAAGCUCUUGGGCGAGAAAGGAUCAGUGAGCGCGGAGAGCAGCAACAUGUUGGACUUCGACACGGCGGCAGCGGAGGCGGUGACGGAGGAGGAGCAGCCGGUGGAGCCGCUCGACAGCUUCGUGGAGCGCGCGCUCGUCAAGUCGCGCGCGCAGUACGACGCCAUGUACCGCCAGUCGCUGGACGAUCCCGAGGCCUUCUGGGGCGCCAUGUCGGCGCAAUACCACUGGGAGACUCCCUGGGAGGUGCUGCAAGAGGGCAACAUGGACGUGCGUCAAGGCGCGGUGGACAUCAGGUGGUUCGUGGGCGGCCGCACCAACCUCUGCUACAAUGCCGUGGACCGCCACGUGGCGGCGGGGCGCGGCGACAAGGUCGCCAUAUUUUGGGAGGGCAACGACCUGGGCGUGUCGGGCCAAUGGACGUACUCGCAGCUGCUGGCUCAGGUGUGCCGCAUCGCCAACUACCUGCGCAGCGUGGGCGUGCGCAAGGGCGACGUGGUCACCAUUUACCUGCCCAUGGUCCCCGAGCUCCCCGCCGCCAUGCUCGCGUGCGCGCGCAUCGGCGCGGUGCACUCGGUGGUGUUCGCGGGGUUCUCCGCGGAGGCGCUCGCGGGGCGCAUCGCGGACUCGGCAUCCCGCGUCGUGCUGACGGCGUCCGCCGUGAUGCGCGGGACGAAGCUGAUCGCGCUGAAGAAGAUCGUCGAUGAGGCCGUCGCGCAGUGCGGCGCCGCGCGCCUGGAGCCCAGCACGGUGCUCGUUUUCGAUAACGACCUCGCCAUGCAGCGCUCCCACGUGCCAUUCGAGCCGUUGCGCGACGUGUGGUGGCAGGACGCGGUGCGUCUCCAGCCCGACACGUGUCCCGUGGAGUGGAUGGAGAGCGAGGACCCGCUCUUCCUGCUCUACACGUCCGGCAGCACCGGCAAGCCCAAGGGCGUGCAGCACACCACGGGCGGCUACAUGGUCGGCGCGGGCACGAGCUUUAAAUACAUCUUCGACCACCACGACGAUGACGUGUAUUGGUGCACGGCGGACUGCGGGUGGAUCACGGGGCACACGUACCUGGCGUACGGGCCGCUGCUGAACGGGUCGUCUAUGGUGGUGUUCGAAGGCGUGCCCACGCACCCUGACGCCGGCCGCUGCUGGGACGUCGUUGAUAAGUACAAGGUGACUGUCUUCUACACGGCGCCCACUGCCAUCCGCGCCCUCAUGCGAUGCGGCGACCAGUGGCCUGGCAAGUACAGCAUGGCGUCUCUGCGCCUGUUGGGGAGUGUGGGCGAGCCCAUCAACCCCGAGGCAUGGCGCUGGUUCCACUCUGCAGUGGGAAGGGGGCGCUGCCCCAUCGUUGACACCUGGUGGCAAACAGAGACAGGCGCUAUCAUGCCCGGGUGCGCCACGCUGCCCUUCUUUGGCGUGGAGCCGGUGGUGCUGGACGAGCAGGGCAGGGAGAUAGCCACAGGCGAGGGCGAGGAGGCAGCAGGGCUGCUGUGCAUCAAGCGCCCGUGGCCCAGCAUGAUGCGCACUGUUGUGGGCGACCAUGCUCGCUACGAAACCAACUACUUUGCGCCCUUCCCGGCUCAUCACCUCUCUGCCACUGCUCUCCAGGCCUCCUUCACCCACGGCUACUACUUCUCCGGGGACGGCUGUCGCAGGGAUGCUGAUGGGUUCUACUGGAUCACAGGCCGGGUGGACGACGUCAUCAAUGUCAGUGGUCACCGCAUUGGGACAGCAGAGGUGGAGAGCGCGUUGGUGGCCCAUGACAUCUGCGCUGAGGCAGCAGUGGUGGGAUAUGAGCACCCCAUCAAGGGGCAGGGCAUAUACGCCUUUGUCACACUCAUGGAAGGGUAA